AUAACACUUUGUAUUUCGACACCACUGCUGCUCUCGUAUUGCCCAUGAUACAUUCGAGAAUACGAUUGUAAUCUCUUCGUAAUCUGAAGACAGACGCGAAAUCCCUCUAUUUAAAUUGCUUUAAAACUAUUAAUAGCCUCGCUCUCAGAUGAGAGCAUCAUAGCCGACAAAACAUCGCAAUAUUCCUCGAUUAGAACGAGGUGACUCCCAAGGCGAACGGUAUUCGGUCCGUCCACCUAUGGUCUGGCAGGUUUUUGACCAAGGCUACGGAUAAAAUGUGGGAUGAAGUUGCUCGGUCUGCGCCGGUUAAGUAUGGCGCUGUCAUAGCGGUCACAGUUAUCUGCGUUGUUCUGUUGAGAAAAUGGAUUGCUGGGGGUGUGUGUCAAUCUUCAGUCCAAUUACAUGGCAAGACGGUGUUGGUCACCGGUGCCAACACCGGCAUUGGCAAGGAAACGUGCCAUAACAUGGCACGUAGAGGGGCGCGGGUGGUGAUGGCAUGCCGGGACCUGACACGGGCUGCGAGGGCGGCGGAUGAGAUUCGUCAGGCCACGGGGAACAGCAACAUCGUAGUGCGGCACCUGGACCUGGCCUCUAUGUACUCUGUCAGAGAGUUGGCCAAAGAGUUCAUUGCCAGUGAGGAUCGCCUAGAUAUACUCAUCAACAACGCUGGUGUGAUGAUGUGCCCUAAGUGGCUAACAGAGGACGGCUUCGAGACACAACUGGCUGUCAAUCACCUCGGACACUUUCUACUGACCAAUCUCCUUCUGGGGAAGCUCAAGAGCUCCGCCCCUAGCCGUGUGGUCAAUGUGUCUAGCAUUGCACACAAAGGGGGUAAGAUCCAGUUUGAUGAUCUUUUCUUUGCCAAGAGGCCGUACAACUCCCUGGUCAGUUACAGGCAGAGCAAGCUGGCCAACGUGCUAUUCUCCAGAGAGCUGGCCAGAAGGUUGAAAGGUACGGGGGUGACGUCCUACAGCCUGCAUCCCGGGGUGAUCAGGACAGAGCUGACUCGUCACGUGGAGACCUGGUUCCCCAUGCUGAGGGCCAUCCUGUCAGCCCCCUCCGUGCUCCUCAUGAAGACCCCCACCCAGGGUGCCCAGACCUCCAUCUACUGUGCUGUCACCCCAGGACUGGAGAACAAGUCUGGCAGCUACUUCAGUGACUGUGCCAUGACGGAGACCGCCCCAGGGGGGAGGGAUGAUGCGGUGGCCAAGAGGCUUUGGAAGGAGAGUGCCCGUCUGGUGGGUUACAAAGAAAAAGACUGAACAACCCCCUCCAUCUGAAAACCAUAGAGAAAGACUGUACAACCCCCUCCAUCUGAAAACUAUAGAGAAAGACUGAACAACCCCCUCCAUCUGAAAACCAUAGAAAACGACUGAACAACCCCCUCCAUCUGAAAACCAUAGAGAAAGACUGUACAACCCCCUCCACCUUCAAACUAUAGAGAAGGACUGGACAACCCCCUCCACCUUCAAACUAUAGGGAAAGACUGUACAACCCCCUCCACCUGAAAACCAUAGAGAAAGACUGUACAACCCCCGCCAUCUGAAAACUAUAGUGAAAAACCGAACAAUCCCCUCCACCUGAAAACCAUAGAGAAAAACUGAACCCCCUCCAUCUGAAAACUAUAGAGAAAGACUGUACAACCCCCUCCAUCUGAAAACCACACAGAAAGACUGAACAACCCCCUCCACCUGCAAACUAUAGAGAAAGACUGAGCAACCCCCUCCACUUGCAAACUAUAGAGAAAGACUGUACAACCCCCUCCACCUUCAAACCAUAGAGAAAGACUGUACAACCCCCUCCACC